AUGCGUCGAUCUUUGCGCGCCCAGGAAAAGGCCAGAGGUGGUGGGAGUCAGAUAUCGAGGAAGAAGCAAAGACUGAUUGGAAGCGCAUCGGAGGAUGCAUCAGACGAAGAGAGAGGAGGCUCAGAUGGUGGAGGAAGCGCUUCGGAGAGCGAGCAAGAGGCUUUGGAGAGCGAGGCGAGCGAUAGCGCAGACGAGUGGAGGCCUGACGAGCGGCAGAAGGGUGGCAGAAAAGAUCGCGGGCAGAGAGGUGCAAGACAUUCGAGCGGGGAAACGGAAGAAGAUGCGUCGGACAUGCAAAGUCAGGAUGACGUCGAGGAGGACAUCGAUCUCGAUCAGCACAGAGGGAUGCAGAAGCGCGAACGAGCAGCUGCAAGUAGGCCAGACAAGAAGAAAAAGGUGCCUCGAAUCAAAGACGCCAAACUGGUUAUUCCCUCAGGAGCGGAGCUCUUCCCGAUAGGCAAGCCGCGGGAGAAGACACAUGGCGCCGGCGCUGGCAUUGGCGUUGGAGCAUCAGCGUCUUCUUUCUUUAGCCUCUCCAUGGAUCACGCUGGUGGAGAAGCGCCAGAAGGGGAAGAAACAGAAGCGGCGCAGCGGCAAGAGGAGGCAAAGCGCAUGUGGGAAGAGAUUAGGGCGCGUAAAGCUGAGCGCGUGCAGCCGGCGCAAGGUCGUGACAGCAAUGUCGCUGCCAGCAACGCAAAGAGCACGUCUGCAAAUGGUCAAGGUGGAAGUAGAGCUCAGAGAAGCGUGCUAGACUACAUGCCUGAGGGAGACAAUGAUCACGUCGCGCCUAUACUGUGGCCAACAAGCACACCAUCAUCUCGUAUCGAAGAUCGCGCCUCGCUCUUCAUCGGCUUCGUCUACUCUCUAUCCUCCUCACGCCGAACCGAACAAACACGUGUUCUAACACAUCUCUCUCGCGAGGUUCAUCCGAGUCUGCCUUCCAGCAUCUUUCCCGAGAUGUUCGCAAACAUGAGAGCCACACAGAGAGGUAGCAUGCACGACAUGUAUGCUUGGAGAGUGUUGAAGCUCAAGAGGGGAAGAGAUGGAUUGAGCGGACCUGGGGAUUGGGAAAUCGACCAGGGCUGCGAAGAUGAUGGAGAGAAAGCAGGAGGUAGAGCUGUUCUUCGAGCAAUCGAAAAGACGGGCGCGAGCGACGUACUGGUCAUCGUAUCUAGGUGA